GACUUUAAAAGGGAGGCCGAACUCCAAUGUAAAGGAGACAACAUUUGGCCAACGCCCUCCAACCGGCCAGAAUAUGAUAGAUCCGCCAUCGAGCCCGGGCCCCACCUCUCAACACUGGAUGCCAUGCAGCCAUCUCGCAAACUGCAUAGUCUCUCAACUCCCUCCUGGUACCACAAGAGUUGCCCCCCGCCCACACAUUUGGUCGAAGCGACCACACUCGAUCGCUUGGCUGGGAGCUCGGAUGACGACAGCCGAACCCAGUCAGAGGGCGCAUCCGGCGUAGGCCAAACUCAACUAUGA